GGCUUCAGGUUGUGUUAAGGGGUCGUUAAGGAGGGAACGCGCGUGUGUGGGCCUGUGAACACUGAGUGAUCCUGCUCCUUCUUCCUCACCGCCUCUUACAUUCGUAGUUCCCUUGCCUGUUUCCAGUUCGUGAUUCUCAAAGAUCUGCCAUGAGGAGCCUAGGAACUCUCCUGGUGAUGAAGGUCAUAGCAGCAGUGACAGCAGCUCAUGCACCCAUCCAGCAGGCAGGGGUUCCACCUGUGCCACCUCCUGUGCAGGUCACCUCAGGUGUGGUGACAGUGGUAGGCAGUGCACGUGAGGGACGGGUCAUAGAGAUAGGGGCAGAUGGCAUCCCCAUCAUUCAUGGUGUACGUGCCCCUGAUGACCCUGAAGGCACCCCCAUAUAUAGGAAUGCCAGAAUUAUCAACAACAAGCUUUUGACGGCUGAGGAUGAAGCCCGAAUCAACCAGGUACAGGCCAGGUCAUUAGCAGCAGGCAUGGCCGCCGUGCCCCGCCAAGCCCGGGUGUUGAACCUGAGACCAAGCCAGAGUGAGGGCAGUGUCAUUCCUCCUGUCCACUACCCCAACUUCUACUCCCAACACUACCACAGCAAUGAGCGGUCUGGUGUGGUGGCUGAGGAUUCUUUUGAAGAGGACAACGCUUCUGCUUCAUCUGAGCAGGUGGUGAGCUACAGCUACCUGGCUGCACCUCAAGGCCAAAGCCACUCCAAAGAUGUGGUCUAUGGGUCUGGUGCAGCAGCCAAGCCUCCUUCCUCUGGCCACAGCUUCUCUGCCAGAUCUCCAACUCUUGGCCAGACACUUUCACUGGAAACUCAGAAAUCUGGUCAUACAGCUCCUGGCCAUGCCUCAGACCAUACUCACCUCAGCACUACACCACCUGUUAUUACUGCCUUCGAGUCCUCAAAAUUAUCUCACAUUUCCCCUUCCCCAUUAGUCCAUUCCUCAUCAUUCUCUGCACCAUCACCUUUUUUCUCCUCAUCUUUCUCACCUUCUGCUCACUCAUCAUCUCCCCCACCACCAUCACUCCCUCCUGCCUCUCCAUUUACUCAUCCUGAAGCCAUAUUUGCCAUGCACCAAACUUCUGCCACAGUUCACCCUGCUGAUCCCAGCCAAUUUAUCAUCAAGGACUCCACUUUCCAGCCCUUCCCUGGUUCCCCAACCUUCACCGUUCCCCUGCCAGUACCUCACAACCAAAUCACUGGUCAUCCUGCAACAGCCCACAUUAAACGAGAACAUCUAGUCCAGGCAGGCUCUGAGGUACAGUCUUCCUAUUCUAACUACCAGGGGAGCACUGAGCGCCCCAUCUAUCACCGGGUGAUGGACCCUCUCAGGAAGGUGGGACAGAGGAUCUAUAAGGCAGCCUCUCCAGUGUUGAAGCCCAUGAUGGAUGCAGGCCACCGUUUGUCUGAGCGGCUGCAGAUCAACAAGAGAGUGAAUGCCAUCUCAGAGAGUCUCCACCUGGAUACUAUGAACAACUACAUCAGCCGCACAGUUGACAGUGAAGCCCUGCCUGUAGUGGCAGGUGUUGGUGCCAUCACAGCUAUUGGUCUAGCAGUGUUGGCAGUUGCUGCAGCCACCAAUUCUACCACUUUUGUUGGCAAACGGUCCAUUGAGGAUGACUCAACUCUUUAUUUUCUAGACCAGUCUUCUUUGCAGCUACAUGGUGAAGGCACUGAAAGUAAGGAUAGGCUCAGGGAGCUCUUGGCUGCUCCUCUGAUGACACACGCCUUCUCCUCUUCCCCGUGGUGCUCCAAGCGAGUGAUUUGUGAUGUCAUGACUUACCUCCCAGACCACUACCUCUUUGCUUUUGAGAAGGAGCUCCAGCUGUUUCUUGACAUGCUAAAUAGUGGUAGAGAUGAAGACUAUUCCCUGAAGAAGACUGCUGAUGGCUUUCUUAAGGCUGUUAAACAGAAACAGUGUGAUCAAUAUACAUGUGGGGAUGAACAGGUGGAUUCUUCACAGAUACUGCCAGAAACAUCUGGUCCUCGCUAAGGAAAGACCACAGCUUCCAGCUAAUAUAAAUAGACAGGGCACUGGCAGCCACAGGACUGGUUGAGAGGGAGUGAGAAUCACUACCAUACAUGAGACUUUAGUGCAGUGAGAUAGAAUCAGUGACAAUAAAUGCUUAACAUGUAAAAAACAACACUAUCAACAGUUUUACUGAUAAGCACAUACAUAUUUGUUACUGAAGGUAGUGGAAGCAUAGUUGUGUACAUAUGUAAAGUAAAAAGAGUAGGAUGACAUUUGGCAGGUUAGGACGAGGUACAUUGCACUGUGGCAUAUGAUUGUCACUCUGGGUGCUUUAUGUAAUAUGAAAGUCACUCUGGGUGCUUUAUAUAAUAUGAAAGUAUGUUGUGGUGCAUAAAAUGUGAUGAUAAAGGGAGGGAUGUAUACUAGUAAUGUAUAUGAUAGAUAUGUUAUGUAAGAAUGCAAAGAUAAGAAUCAGUAAAGAAAAGUUCUCAUAAUAUGAAAGUAAUUAAUAAACAAAUAAUGAUGACACAAAGAAUACAUAUACAUUAAUACUUUCUAUGACUUCAAGGAACAUAUUUUUGUGGCAGCAAGCACUUUUGAGGACAGCCAGGAGGAGGGAGAUGCUCGUCUCUGAACUGUAUACAUUUGAUGUGUCUGUCAAGCUUAAUCACAUCUUAUCCAUGAUAAAAUUACAUAGAAUAUUUUUGGGAUCCACUGAUGAACAUGAGGCACUUAGUUCUGGAAGUCAAUAAGUGCCACUUGUAAAAAAAAUAGAAAAAUGGCAUUCAAAGUUUUAUAAUGUUCAAAAUGGUAUAUCUUGGAAACCAGCCACAUAAUUUUGAUGGAUUGUGCAUGAAAACAUUGCUGAAUGUCUUGACUAUGGAGUGAGCCCACUAAAAAUGCUAUAGCUCAUCAGUAUUUUGAAUGAUGAAGUAAUUUGAAUAUGAUUGCAUUCACUAUCAUAUUAAAAAAUCAAUAAUAAAUCAAAUAAAAAAUCAAUAAUAAUCAAGUACUUUAUAUAUUACAAUGAAACUCAUACAUAAUGCUAAAGAAUGUUGGAUAUGGCCUAUAUAUAUAUAUAUAUAUAUAUAUAUAUAUAUAUAUAUAUAUAUAUAUAUAUAUAUAUAUAUAUAUAUAUAUAUAUAUAUAAGAAAAAAAUAGAAUCUGAUAGAGAGAAUGAUAACAGGAUAAAACAGAAUAUGUGUACAAUAUAAACUGCACAAUAAUGGUAAAAAAAAAGAAUAUUACAUAAUUUUCUACUCCAAGAAACUGUAAUAUGGUGUACUUACACAAAAUUUUGUUCAUAUGGGCCCACAGACCUUGCCUUCACAACUUUACCAGAAUGAAAAUAUGUAUAUUCUUGGCCCAGAUUUCUCUGUGCAACAUUUUUCAUCCAAUUCUCAGGGUUGUGCUUCUUUGGCAUGCCAGAUGAUGUACUAGGCUGAUUGAUAUCACUCAUGCAAGCACAAAAACACUGCAUGCAAAUGAAAAAGCACAAGAUAAAAGUGUAAUCCAAGGAAGAUGUGCACAACACUCUCCAUAUGUAUUGGAGAGUGUUGCAAUGAGUACUGUGAUUGGCUGAUCAACCAGAUGCUAUCCAUCAAAUAAUGUGAUUGGCUAAGUGUGGCUGCCAUUUUUAAAAAUAGUGUCACUCAUCAACUUCCUGCUUACAGAACGUGACAGCCUCUCCUCAUCCAGCAACAAAGCACAACAAUACUUGUAGAUAAAGGGAAUUUCAACCACUUACGCACUUCCAGAGGAGUGUCCCUAUGCCUCUAAGAUAGAAGGAUGGCUGGGGAAUACAGUGGUUUGCCUAACUCAGUUUGGGCAGGGGGUGGUGCUUAUUGACUUCCUGAACUAAGCACCUCACAUCUUCUAUGUUAUUCAGGUUGUCCCUGAGUUCAUCAUGUGGUUAAUGAUGUGCCUGGGGUAAUCAUCUAGUGAAGCAUUAGGGCAUCCUUAGUGUGAAGUGUUUUAUACCAGCAAGAAUAUUGUGAACAACUUUGUCAUUCUAUAGGAAAUGCUCAAGAAUAAAGAUACAGUAAGCAGGGAACUGAUAAACAAAAUUUAUUUACUGUUAACAUUAGAAUUGUUUAUGAAAUUAUUUAGGCUUGUAUCUAAAUUAUUUUCAUUCUUGCUUGGAAGGCCAGUUGUAUGAAAUCAUUAUAAAUAUAAUUAUCAUUACUA